AUGGCGGAAACCUUUGGUAUUGUGACAGGUGCUAUCGGUCUCGCAGGCCUCUUCCAGCAAUGCGUUGAAUGCUUCGAGUACAUUCAACUUGGCCGCCAUUUCGUGCAGGAUUUUGGACGGUGCCGCCUCAAGCUCGACAUUGCGAAACGCCGAUUGAACCGAUGGGGGGAGGCCGUUAAUAUCCACGAGAACCCCCAGUUUACCGAUACCGAGUCGGAGGAGAUCCAGGAGGUACUUGAAGAAAUUGCCAAUCUUUUCGAGACUAUCCAAAGAUCAUCCAAGCGCUACGAGCGUAAGGCACCAAAGGAAGAGCUCGAAUGUCUCGGCGAUGAGAAUCUCCAACCUGUGUUCCGAGGCCUCCACGCGCGAUGGGCCAAAAUUAGCCCACCUAAGCAGCCCAAGGCCAGUCUGGUGAAGAAAGCAACAUGGGCGCUCUACGACGCGAAAUAUUUCGAAAAAUUGAUUGGAGAGGCCACGGGCUUUGUUGACGACCUUGAGAAGAUAUUUCCCGCCGAACAGGCCCAGCGCCGUCUUGUUCAAAUUGAGAUCGAGGACAUUAGCGAUGAGGAGAGUCUGACGGCGCUCCAGGAAACCGCCAAUGGAACUGACUCGCUUUUGGCUGCUGCAGUUAAGGAAAAGGUCAACAACAUUGCCGUCACGAAUUACGUCAGGGAAAUCCAGGGCGAGAAUGCCAAGGUGCGGUUGGGAAAUGACUGGAGUACGAGCGCGUUGAGCACCGCGAUAGGGAUAGACGAUCGCACUCGCAACGAGGCAGGUUCUGUGGUUGCAAAGGGUUCAUCUACAGUGCACAUUGGGAACAGAUAUGGUGACUAA